GCCCGCUAGUGUCAUCGUGCCGGGAUAACCUUGGCACGGCACUGACCCUUUCCCUUUCGUCUCCCCUAAGUCAUACUCUCAGACUUGUAGCCAUGGAAAUCGAUCACAAGGAGUACCGGCUCCGCUGCGAGCUCCGCGGCCACGAAGACGACGUUAGGGGAAUAUGCGUCUGUGGUGGUCGGGAUACCAUAGCAACGUCCUCCAGGGACCGGACGGUGCGGGUGUGGUCGUUGAGCGCUUCUGAUCGGCGGAAGUAUGAGUCGGCGAGGAUCCUGCUGGGCCACACGAGCUUCGUGGGGCCCUUGGCGUGGGUUCCACCGAACGACCAGCACCCCGAAGGUGGGAUUGUAUCGGGCGGCAUGGACACUCUUAUUCUGGUCUGGGACUUGAGGACCGGCGAGAAAGUCCAGACUUUGAGGGGCCACCAGUCCCAAGUGACUGGCGUCGUGUUGGAUGAUAAUGGCAACAUCGUGUCGUCUUCGGUUGACUGUACAUUGAGACGGUGGAGGGAUGGGAGAUCUAUUGAGUCUUGGCAGGCUCAUGAUGGCCCGAUACAAGCUGUUAUAAAGUUGCCAUCAGGAGAGCUUGUUACAGGAUCAAGUGAUCAGACGUUAAAGCUUUGGAGAGGAAAGACUUGCGCUCAUACUUUUACUGGGCACACAGAUACUGUGAGAGGCUUGGCUGUGAUGCCAGACUUGGGAAUUCUUUCUGCAUCACACGAUGGAUCUAUCAGGUUAUGGGCAGUAACAGGUCAAGUUUUGAUGGAAAUGGUUGGCCAUUCUUCCAUUGUCUAUUCAGUAGAUUCACAUGCCUCUGGACUUGUAGUAAGCAGCAGUGAAGAUUGUUCUGCAAAAAUAUGGAAAGAUGGAGCGUGUGUUCAGAGCCUUGAGCAUCCUGGUUGUGUCUGGGAUGCCAAAUUCUUGGAAGAUGGGGACAUCGUGACCGCUUGCUCUGAUGGGGUUGUGCGUAUCUGGACAACUCAACAGGAUAAGAUUGCGGAUCCACUUGACCUUGAGUCUUUUUCUUUACAGUUGUCUGCUUACAAGCUCAGCAGGAAGAGGGUUGGAGGAUUAAAGCUAGAAGAUUUGCCUGGUUUGGAGGCUUUACGUGCUCCAGGAACAAGUGAUGGCCAGACUAAAGUGAUAAGAGAAGGUGAUAAUGGCGUGGCAUAUACUUGGAACAUGAGGGAACAGAAGUGGGAUAAAAUUGGUGAGGUUGUUGAUGGACCUGAGGAUACAAGCCGUCCUGUACUUGAUGGAGUUCAAUAUGAUUAUGUUUUUGAUGUUGAUAUUGGGGAUGGUGAGCCUAUCCGUAAGUUACCCUAUAAUCGAUCAGAUAAUCCAUAUGAUGUUGCUGAUAAGUGGCUUCUAAAGGAGAAUCUUCCUCUUUCCUACCGCCAACAAAUUGUGGAGUUCAUCCUUGCAAAUUCUGGGCAAAAGGACUUUACUCUGAAUUCAUCAUUUCGUGAUCCCUAUACUGGCGCUAAUGCAUAUAUACCUGGUGAGGCCUCACAUGUGGCAGCCAAGUCAAUGAAACCGACUUUCAAGCAUAUACCCAAGAAAGGCAUGCUGGUUUUUGAUGUCGCCCAGUUUGAUGGCAUUCUCAAAAAAGUUACAGAGUUUAACGGCAGUCUACUGUCUGACCAGGAAAAGAAGAAUGUUGGUUUGACAGAUUUGGAGGUUUCAAGACUAGGUGCUAUUGUUAAAGUUUUGAAGGACACAUCUCAUUACCAUACUAGUAAAUUUGCUGAUGCUGACAUUGUUUUGUUGCUCAAAAUGCUAAGAUCAUGGCCUAGUGCAAUGAUAUUUCCCGUUAUUGAUAUUAUGAGAAUGGUUGUCCUACACCCUGAUGGGGCAGCAACACUGCUUAAGCAUAUAAAUGAUGAAAAUGACAUACAUAUGGAAAUAAUCAAGAAAGCUACAGUAGAUCCUUCAGCUACUGCGAAUCUUUUAACCAGCAUCCGAGCUGUGGCCAAUUUGUUUAAGAGCUCAGCUUACUAUAGCUGGUUGCAAAAGCACCGUAGUGAGAUCCUCGAUGCUUAUUCAAGUUGUUCGUCAUCUUCCAACAAAAAUGUACAACUCUCUUAUUCUACCUUAGUACUAAAUUAUGCAAUUCUCUUGAUUGAAAAGAAGGAUCAAGAAGGUCAAUCUCAAGUUCUUUCAGCAGCACUCGAGAUUGCUGAAGAAAGUCUGGAAGUUGAUCCCAAAUUCCGGGCAUUAGUAGCCAUUGGAACACUGAUGCUUGAUGGUCUUGUGAAACAAAUUGCUCUGGAGUUUGAUGUCGAGAGCAUUGCCAAGGCAGCUAAGGCAUCUAAAGAAGCCAAGAUUGCUGAAGUGGGAGCUGACAUUGAAAUCUUGAUAAGACAGCGUGAGUCUGAGCACUUCCAUAGCACGUGAGGGGAUGGAUUCGGUCAUAGACGGUCAUGGACAGACAACAAUAAACUCUCCAACAAGUAGUGAUUCUUCCUAUUGCGUUCUGAAACCAGCCAGUGUCCUCAUUUCAGGGCAUAAUCUAUGCUUCCUGACUCUGCUGGUGGGAGCCAGGAAGGUCGGGGUUAGUGAACUUAACUAACUCAAAAGAGGAUGAUUUAAUCGACCAAGCAAUGCAUGUACCCAGGAUGUUUUGGUCGGACAUAUUUGUACACGAAUAGUUGUUUCUGGUUUUGUCGUGUUUCCGGGGACUCUUUAGUGGAAAGUUUGAGCUUGGACAAGGAAUGGGAAGGCUGUAGAACAUCGCAGAGGAAGAAGGCUUGGGGGUUGGGAUGUUAUUGUUGGAGGCAUCAUACUCUUAUGUAUUGACAGGGUGGUCCUGGUUUAGUUAAUUAUUGCUUUCGCUUUCGGGAUCACCUUUCUGAAGGUGUCACUAUUCCGACUUUCUUGUGAAGGGCAAUUCGAAAGUCUUUUCACUUCGCUA